AAUAAAAAAAAGAAGCCAAUAUCCUUCUAAUAUAUCAUACUAAUAUAAUUAAAGCUACAAAAAAUCCCGUGGAAGUUUCACUCAGGUUGAGUCUUUCUCUAAAUAAACAAAUCUAAUACAUGUUUUUUUCAUGGUGCGUCUGACCAAUCGGCGUCUCUAAAAUAAAAGAAUCAAAUAAUGAACCGACCAUCGGGGUCUGCUUCCAUUCACUGAAGACCCGCUCUGCAAUAGAUUAAGCGCUGUCAUUUACCACCUAUUCCAUCCAUUUUCUACAAUGUUUUACUACCCAACAGUUUUGCAGCGACAUUCGGGCUGCUUCUCUACAAUCUGGCUGGUUGCUACAAAAGGCAUCAGAGUUCCCCGCCGGGAUUUCUUAAAGGUCAACGUCAUAAGCACCUGUGAUGACAUCAUGAACUACGUGCUGGAGCAGGUCGCGCCCCCCCGGCCCGAGCUGCCGCGACCUCGCUUCUCCCUCUACCUCUCCUCCCAGCUCCAGUACGGCGUCGUGGUCGUCUUCCACCGACAGUGUGCUAUUUUCCUGGAGGAACUUCAGACUGUUGUGGGACAGCUGAUCAAACAGAAAACCUCCCGGAAAAUAGACAUGGAUAGGGACGGCAGGAAAGCUGUGGACUUUGCCGACGCCCUGUCUCUCCUGGAGGAGGCAGAAGGAGCUCCUGAUCCUCUAUUCGGUGUGAUGUACAUGCAGGAGACCACACCCAGUCCCAAUACACUGCUACAGAUGGGUCGAGAGUAUCUGAGAGAAUCGUCUCCCGAGCAUCCGGAAAUGAGUCCGACUCCAAGUGCUGCUGAAGUAGAGAGCGGCAUAACUGCGUCUCCAGACCGCAUCACUCUGAGGGAGACGGAGCCUGUCGGCAUCCCGGUCGCAGAGUUUGAGGGCGAGGAGCUCAGCGAUCAGCAUCCAGACACUCUCGACUUGCUCUUGGCCCAAACGGAUAACUUUCCGGAAGAGGGCUUCGAGAUGCCGAGAGGGGAAGUGACGCCGGGAGACGGAGAGAGGGAGGUGGAGAGGGGCGGAAGAGACGAAGCCCCGGAGAGAGACGGAACGAAAGAGCUCCCAGGAUCCCCCGUAGAAUCACAGCCCACCGUGCCUUCUCGCGAGGACGCCGUCCUGACGCCUCAGGAGGGGUCCAACCUGCCCGGGGAGAAGCCUGGACCCCCGUCGGACCAGGUCACCCCCGUCUCCGGGGCAACCGUCCCGUCCCCGCCGUCGGGGGCGGAGCGGGAAAGACCGCCGCCGCCGCCAGAGGAUGAGCCGCCUGCAAAGGUGAGGGCGAAGAGGAAGAGGCAGCUGAUCUUCUUCGACUCGGAGACGCAGAUCAACCCGGAGGUGCUGCAGCAGCAGAUCGACGACCCUCUGAUUGAGACCGAGCCACCACUCUACCCCCCGUCUCCUUCCCACCUGAGGCCCUCUCCUGCUGAGCUCUUCAACAACCCCUGCAGCGUCUUGCCUGAACCGGUGCUGUUUCUAUGGAAACGGACUGCAAACAUCCACCCUGUCUCAGACCCGGACCUCCGGGUUGGGGGGGAGAGACGGACCGAGUCGAGCGAUUCUGAAAAGGAAAGAGAUCGUGAGAUGGUCCAGAUGCUCGAGAUGGUCGAGGCAACUGAGGUCCCCCGAGAUGUGGCAGAACCAGAGUUUUUCAACAUUUCAGAGCAUGGCUCGCUGCUGCUGGAGGCCUCAGACCAAAGGGAGACGUCUCGAGAGAUCUCCCCCAUGUACGCAUCCGAAAGAGAAGGGUCCACCAUCUCCAGGUCUGCCUUUGCACUGCGGGACAUCCCAGAAGUGUUGGACGAGCUAGCGGGGAUCGCUGCAGCAGAGUCUUCUGGGCCGCUGCCGGAUUUUCCCAAGCAUGAAACGGCACCUGUGGGGUUUUGGUCUCUUCUGCCGCCGGACGCCGACCGCAGGACUGUCAGCAACUCUUUCCAGAGGCUCCUGGAGACGUUAUCAGCCAGGAGUGUGAGGGUGGAGCAGGACGAGCCGUACGGGGACAUGUUGAUAUUCCCUGGACCCAACUACGAAGAUGUGCACGUGACCUUUUGAGUCCCCCCCAGAUAACCAUGGCCUCUUUGUUCAGUCUGAUAGGAGGUCAUUUCUCUGUUUGCCUCUGUUCACUUCAUUAGAGCAACAAGAAAUCGCGAUUAUAACAAUAUGACAACAAUGAAAAUGAUGAGUCAGUGAGUCCAAAUAUUUUCGAUCACUUCGCAAGAUUACUUUUUAAUGGUGUGCUGUUCAAACAUGUUUGAAAUGAUUUCCUUUUUUAAUACUUUUUGACUUCCUAUGAACU